CGCAGGUGACGAUCGUCGGCGAGGAGAACAACCCCCCGAUCGUCGUGGAUGUCCGACCCCCCGGCUGGGCCCCCGAGUCUGCUGGUGGCAUGGUGGUCUCCGCAAUGGACUCCCUGAAGCAGGAGUGGAAGAGCACCGUGCAGGACUUCCGGGAGAAAGGCGCCGUCGGCGCCGUGAGGGACGCCACCCUCGACGCCGUGGACCUGCUGAGCUCCACCGCCGCGGAGGUGGCCAGCGGCGCGCAGCCGGGCGCUCGGCUCGCCGGAGCUGGACCUGACGAUCAACGACAUCCGCGAGAAGGGGGCCGUCGGUGCCCUCAAGGACGCCACCCUGGACGCCGUGGACCUCGUCGGCAGCUCCGCCAGCGCCGCGGCCGAGGGCGCCAGGUCCAUGGCGGCGCCGCUGCUGGACCUGGGCGAGCCGGCGGCCACCGCGGCCACGGGGGCGGCGGCCGAGCCGGCGGAGCUCGGCCUGCUCGACGGCCUGAAGAUGGAGGUGAGGAACACGGUGCAGGACUUCCGCGAGAAGGGUGCGAUCGGCACCCUGAAGGACGCCACCCUCGACGCUGCCGACAUGGUGGCAGGCGCGGCCACGGCGGCGGCGGACGGCGCGCGGACGCUCGGGGGCUCGCUGCUGGACAUGGUGCAUGAGGACGAGCCCGCAGCCUCGCCGGCUGCCCUGCCGGCCGCCGCCGCCGCCGGCUAUCCGGCGCAGGCGCCAGCGCCGGCGCCAGCGCCGGCGCCAGCGCCCGCACAGCCGUCCUCACGGGCGCCGGCGCCAGUCGCGGCGGCGGCCGCCGCCGCCCCGGCGGCGCAACCUGCGGCGGCUCCCCGCUCGCCGGCGGCGGCGCCCGCGACGCCGCCCGCGAAGCAGCCGGGCUUCAAGGCGAAGUCCCCCGAGGUCCACCGCCUGGACGACGAAGACACCCCGCAGCAGCAGGCGAAGACGAAAUCGCUCGUACAGCUCAGGCGGGAGGCGUUCGAGAAGAAGCAGCAGCAGCAGAACACGGAAGCCGAAGAGGUGAUCGAUUAAGGAACAUCGAGGGCCUGGGCUGCGCGACCACAAUACAGAGCCUAAUUGUCAGCCAUACUGUUCGAGGUUUUGUUCCGCAGGCGAGGUCAGUCCUCCAUGCACGCGCAUCUUGCGCGGUUAAUUUUGAACCUCGCAGUGCAAGGUCACUGCUGUUUCAGAUGUUCAAGUUUUCCUAGAAUUGGUAGCCGUGUGUGCCGCCCCUGGUAUACCCGGGACAGUUCAUAUGUGAGGUGACGUUAGAGCCGGUUGGGGGGAUGGGGGGGAGGACUGUCGCGCCUCCGCCGGCCGUCCGGCAGGAGGCGGCGGCCCCGCCGCUCCGAAUCACCCCCGCGAGCGCGCGCGCGCUUUGGGCCGCGCGCGCGGGAGAGCGGCCGAGGAUGCAGGUGCCUCGGCGCCCCGGGGGAGCACAGUCCGUCCGCCGGGCGCCCGGCAUGGUUUUUGAAGGCCUGGCCGCGGACCAAGGGGUGUGCGGGCUCCGUGCCCGGAGCCGUGAGGAGAAAGCGCGUGCGCCGAGCGAGGGGUUGCGGCUC